AUGACAAAGUUGGUUGUUCUUAUCCUCGGGGCUGGUAACGCAGCCCAUGUGACAGCAGGUCUCGCAGCAUCUCGCGAGAACACGGAAGCGAGAAUUCUAACCCUUUUCAAAGACGAGGCAGAGAGAUGGACGAAAGCUAUGGGGGACGAAGGCUUGACUAUUAACCUCCAUGAAAGUGUUGGGGAUGUCACUGUGAAAUCUAAACCAGCUCUCAUAACCAAAAACCCAGCCAAGGCAAUAGAGGGCGCCCACAUGAUUAUAUUUUGUGUGCCAGCAUUUACCCAUCAAGGGUAUUUCGAAGCCAUUGAACCAUGCAUAAAACCAAACACAAUAAUUGUUGGUUUCCCCGGGCAACCCGGGUUUGAGUUCCAGUGCCUAGAUAUCCUGAAAGACAAAGCUCGUAGGUGUCCAAUCAUUAACUUUGAAUCCCUUCCAUGGGCAUGUCGGAUAAAUGAAUUCGGAAAGGGCGCCACAGUUCUUGGUCUUAAAGUUCAUCUUCAGGGUUCCAUCCUCAAGGGUGAAAGCAAUCCAGAUAAAGACCCUUGCGAGGUUCUUCAAGCUGUUAUUGGCCCAGAGACCAAACUGGAAGUCGGCAAGCAUUACUUGGCACCAAUCCUGGACACCAAGUCUAUUGUACACCCUCCAAUAAUGUACGCCAAAUGGAGAGAUUGGAACGGACAGCCGUUGUCCGAGAAACCUCUUUUCUAUCAAGGCUUAGAUGAGACUCAGAUUAAGUAUCUGAGCGGGAUCAGUGAUGAGUGCGUGGCAGUUGCCCGUGCCAUCACCGCCAAACGUCCAGACAUUGACCUCUCGGGAGUUGUCCACCUGCAAGACUGCUACAGAGUGGACUACAAGGACACAAUUGGUGACCCAACAAACCUGUUCACGAUCAUGAAAUCCAACUCAGCCUACGAUGGUCUAGUUCACCCUAUGAUUGAUGAACCGAAUGGCAAGUUCUCGCCCAACUUCAGAUACCGCUAUCUGGUGGAAGAUGUCCCUGAUGGUAUAGUGGUAACCAAAGGCAUUGCACUGAUUGCCGGGGUGCCCACUCCCUACCAUGAUGAGGUUCUGGCAUGGUGCCAGAAGAAGCUGGGUAAGGAGUACCUGGUGGGAACAGAUCUGACUGGAAAGGAUGUCAAGGAGACCAGAUGUCCUCAGAAGUAUGGGUACAAUACCCUUGAAGAUCUGCUCCGCAUUAAGUAAGAAUAUAUUAAAAUAAUCUUGGAUAA